AUGUCCGACGACGAUGAUUUCAUGCAGGACUCUGGUGACGAGGAUUAUGACUUCGAGUACGAAGAUGCCGAUGACGAUGAAUCUGGAGACGUUGGAAUCGAAAAUAAAUACUACAACGCCAAGCAGAUGAAGGCCGACAAUCCAGAGGAGGCUAUCGAUGAAUUUUUGGGUGUACCUGCACUGGAAGAAGAGAAAAGCGACUGGGGAUUCAAAGGAUUGAAACAGGCCAUCAAGCUUGAAUUCAAACUGGGAAGAUAUGGCGAUGCCGUCGAACACUACCGCGAACUCCUUACCUAUGUUAAAUCGGCCGUUACACGAAACUACUCGGAGAAGUCGAUCAACAACAUGCUGGAUUACAUCGAGAAAGGCUCGGACGACGCCAAGGCCUAUCAGUGCAUGGAGGAAUUCUACUCGUUGACCCUCUACUCUUUCCAAAACACCAAUAACGAGCGUUUAUGGCUGAAGACCAACAUCAAGCUGGCCCGUCUUUGGUUGGAGCGCAAGGAGUAUGGCCAGCUGAGCAAGAAGGUGCGGGAGUUACACCGCGCAUGCCAACGGGAAGACGGCUCGGAUGAUCCCAGCAAAGGCACCUAUCUGCUCGAACUCUACGCCCUUGAGAUCCAGAUGUAUGCGGAAACGAAGAACAACAAACGACUCAAAGCCCUGUACCAGCGAGCGCUCCGUGUGCGGUCGGCCGUGCCACACCCCAAGAUCAUGGGAAUUAUCCGCGAGUGUGGUGGAAAAAUGCACAUGAGUGAAGAGAACUGGGAGGAAGCACAGAGUGACUUUUUCGAAUCGUUCCGGAACUACGACGAGGCAGGAUCAAUGCAGCGGAUCCAGGUGCUUAAGUAUCUGGUGUUGGCGACCAUGUUGAUGAAGUCGGAUAUCAACCCGUUUGAUUCACAGGAAACAAAGCCGUACAAGAGCGACCCACGCAUUUCGGCCAUGACCGACUUGGUGGAUGCAUUCCAGCGGGACGAUAUCCACACGUACGAAGCAAUCCUGAGCAAAAACCCAGACGUGUUGGCCGAUCCAUUUAUUGCGGAGAAUAUCGAUGAGGUCAGUCGGAAUAUGCGGACUAAGGCCAUUCUCAAGUUGAUUGCCCCGUACACGAGAUUUUCGUUGAACUUUAUCUCCAAGAACAUAAAAAUCUCCGUGCAGGAAGUUCAGGACAUUUUGAGCUUCUUAAUCCUGGACAAAAAACUCGAUGCUAAAAUUGACCAAGAAAAUGGUAUUGUCGUGGUAGAAAAUAACAGCGACGUGGAUCGAUUACGAUCUCUCCAGGAGUGGAUCUCGUCGCUACGGACGCUGUGGGAAGCGACCCUGAACGGCGAGGGGUUUAAGGCGGACGAGGCUGCACAGCUUCAGAGUAUGGCAGCCGGACCCAUGUUCCCAUUGGGGUUUGGCGAUGACGGUUCAGUGGGGGCAAGUAUGCGCACCCGAUCACGGGGCGGAUUCAAAGGCCGGGGAGGAAAGGUCGGAUCGAGGGCGUUUUAG